CCCUGAAGAUGCGCCAGAAAGCUGGACAGGAGGCGGAUAGAUGUUGUCAUCAGCGACGAAUUGGCCCGGUGAGCGAGAGCCUGCUCGCGACGAUGUCCAGGUUGCCAAUGAGACCCCGGAAGCGGCCUUUUUCUCGCAAUUCAAAAGCUGUCUAUUGGCGGAUCCGGAGGCCUUUGGCGAUGAGAGCUUGAUGAACUUGGAACUAGAUUUGACCGCACCAAAGAAGUACACCUAUCCGUUGACGUUGCUGUCCGAGUUCCCUAGGCAGCUCCCCACGGAAGGUGAAAUCGCGCAUCUAAUAGAGCCCUUCGCCCAGUGCUGCUCCAGUUCUCCAUUCCUGGGCAGAUUGCACAUCCAAGCCGGUUCACCUGAGCCCGUUGCCGCCCCCUUGGCCUUUGCAAUCGGCUGUUUGGCGUCGGUGCACACUCGCAACGCCGCAGAACAAUCGAAGGACCUGUUUUUCGCCUCGCGUGGCCUCUUGGGUGCUUUGAUGGAGAUCGACAACCGCGAAUCGCGCUUCCCGGACCUACUCCUCGCCGCCACCCUCGACUCGAUCUAUGGAGCACUGAGCGCGGAUACAGCCGUCUGGGCUCAGGCCGGCCAAACGCUUUGCACAUCAUUCACGAUUGCGCGGCGAAUGCGGUACCAUGACCCGAAGCAGUUCGAAAGACUUCGAGGCUGUCCGGCGCCAUCUCAUAGUGGACCACUGGUCUGGUGUCUUUGGCUGAUAGAUAUCAUCCAAGCCCUCCACUUUGAGCUCUCGAUCAACUUUUUUACCUCGAGAGAGCUCAAGACUUCUAUGCCAAGCUCCACAUUGGAGUUUCAACAUGCCUACCGCUCUCUUCUCGACGACCGAACGGAUUGUCACCAGUUGGCCGGGGAGCAUUUAGGCCAGGAGGAUGCGCUGCUUCUUCUGAUGGCCUUGUUGUCAGACCUACUCCACGCCCGCCGUGCACUUGAGCAAAUGCUCCCCUUGACAGUAUUCACCGGCGAGCAAUCGACACCCUACAACCCUUUCGGUCCUUUCUCGCCACGUUUGGAGCUGGAUCGUGUCGAAGGCCAAAUCUCCCGCGCGCUAGACAAGUGGCACAAAUGGUUCCAUGCCGGUGUGCCGCCGGAGAUUAUGGCCUUUUACCACUACUGCAAGAUGUAUCUUUCCUUUGAUUACUUACUGAACCUCCCCCGUCUGGCUGGGUACAGAGGCGUGGCAUCAGCGCCAUUCCCGAGUGAGAAAGUUUCGCUUGCGGAUACUACCGUUCGGGCAGCCUGGCGGAUUUUGGACAGCGCAGCCAUGUGGUCACAACAAAAUUCAGCCGAUCAACUAUGGCCAAUAUGGCUUCCCAUUGUCGUCUUCCACGCCGGCCUUGUCGUCUGGGCUCAGUAUAGUCUUCCCGGCGCACGAAGUUCCGCACAAUACGGAAGUCCGAGAAUCCUGCUCGCUUUCAAAAUUGAGCUCGACAAGAUGCCUUGGCCUUGUUGUGUUGAGAUGGCGGCAACUCUCGAGAGGCUGAUUGCAGCACCAACCCAAGAAGUGCAGUAG